UCAAACCCCUACACGGAAGACGGCCGUUAAACCUUCGUGGAGUUUAUUUAGACUUGAAGCUUUUGAAGAAAUUUUGGGCUCGAAAAUGAACACCACGCUACAUAACAACACGUUAUUCAUCUUCGUGAGUGCAAUGGCUUUGCUGUUUACAAUCACAGCAUCCGUACCGAUGCAAGAAGAGGAACAAGUGGAGAAUGCUUUGGUACCUCGCGCCGAUGACGACUCCGACAUGUCAGUGCCCUGGGAUGCUCUUAAUACUGCAGCACUCCGCAAAUUGCUGCUUCAACUGGAUGCUGAUGAUAGACUCAACAUGGGUCGCGUGGGUCGCUCCUGGCCUCAAGCGGAACCCCGCGGUUGGGGACUUCGGGCCAUAGACGGCAGGCUGGCUCGACAGUGGCGCGCCGACAAAAGACAAGUCCGCUUCCGACAAUGCUAUUUCAACCCAAUCUCCUGCUUCAGGAAGUAAACCGACAAUGAAAUGACUUGAAACACUUAUAUUGUAUUGUAAAUAAACAGCGUACACUCAACAUUAGUUAGAGUGAAAUUAUCUAAUUAUCUAGUCAAAUCUAUCGAUGUCUAUCAAUCUGCUAACUAAGCGACUUAUUGUACUUUUAAAGGUAUGCAUUUGUAACUUUGUCUUGUAAUUUAAAUGUCACUUUAAAAUUUCAUUAAUGGUUUUGCUAUUGUUGUAAGUUUAACCAGAAUAAAAUUAUUACG